UGAAUGAUGGUGGUGAGCAAUUUGCAACAGUCAGAUGCUAAAUAUUUCACCGAUCGCCUGUUCUCUUUGCUUUUAGAUAGAGAGACCGAAGGGAAGAGAUGAUGGAUUUACUAAAAGAGGGAGGAUAUAGACGUGGAGAAUAGCCGGGAAUUAGGAGUCUAUCUUACCUAUCAUCUCCCUCUGCCUGCCUCUCUUCAUAUUCCCCCUUUUUCCCCCUCUCUAUCUUCCGUCUUUAUUCUCACUGGCUUCCAAUCAACAAGUCACAUUAAGUGUGAGAGGGAGCAGCAAACACUGGCAUCCACACACACACACACACACACUGCUGCAGGAGGCAGCAGGUCCCGGAUGACUGCAACUCGAGGCUGCAGUCGCUAAAUGAUUGGAGGACAAGCGGAAGCUGCAGUUCCCAAACUACUGAAGGGCAGGUGGAAGCUGCAGUUCCUAAAAGACUGAAGAGCCAGCAAAGGCUGUAGUUCCUAAACCACUGGAAGGAAGUGGAAAUUGCAUUUCCCUAACAACUGGAGGGCAAGUGGAUGGGGUACCAGAUCUGAACUGACGGACAGGAACAGGAAGAAAGAGAAGAUUAGAGAGUCAGAACAACAGGCUGAAAGAAUGUGAGGGAUAGAAAAGGAAGGGUAGAGGGAUGGUAUAUAGGGAACUCAGCAACGGAGAAAAAGCAUAGAGAGGAAGAAGGGAGGCAAUAGGAAAGGGGUGUUGAAUAAAGCCUGAGAGAAGCAGACAGGAGGCAGCAGGAAGAAUGAGGGGCUCACUUUGCAUGUACAUUUCUUUAUUAUUCUAAUGGUUCAAGCAUCCCAAAGCUCUGCCUUUUGAACAAAAUUACAAUACUGGACAAAAGAUACCCACUUCUUACUACAGCCUACAUACUAGCCUAGCCUACAGCCUACCUUUAUAAGCUAUGUGGGGAGGCAGUAUAUUCAUUUCCUAGCUAUUUACCAAUCUCUGGUUUUAUCAUCCAUCCUUUUAAUGCCAGCAUGACUCCCUCCCUCCCGUGGAUGCCCACAACUUUGCCACCAUCUUCGGCCACACUGUCGCUUAGGGGUCCAGGCUGGGGGGUAGUGUAUGGGGUGAUCUGUGGCUGUGGGGUUCUGUGUAAUGGGCUGGUCCUAGCCGUGUUGCUUAGCUGCAGGCACACUUUGGUCUCUGACCUGUAUGUGGUAAAUCUGGCACUGGCCGACCUGUUGUCUUUGCUUGGCAUGCCCCUACUUAUUCACCAGCUCCUCCACGACCGAGGGUGGGUGUUCGGAGAUCUCCUGUGCCGCGCUGUCACUGCUCUGGACCUCAACAACCAGAUUACAGGAGUGGGAAUCAUCACAGCUCUCUGUGUGGACAGAUAUGUUGCGGUUGUGCAUUCGGCUACUAUGGGUCAGCGUCGGAGUGUGCGCUGCACGUGGCUGGUAACAGGCUGUGUGUGGGUGUGCUCCCUCCUGCUCAGUACACCAGCGCUCCUAUACUCUGGGGUGCGAUGGGGUGAGGGGGUGGCUCUGUGUGUGUUGGACCUUCCUGGAGCUCCACCAUCCUUGUACUGGUACACACUGGUGCACAGUCUACUGACAUUUCUCCUUCCAUUGUCAGUUAUAGUGGUGCUCUACUCACUCACUCUGCACCACCUUUCCCGAGUUAUGAGGAGAGUCCAGCGGGCUCCAUCUCAGCGCAGCCGUCGGGUAACCCGUAUGGCACUGGCCAUUGUGGCCGCCUUUCUUUUGUGCUGGGCCCCAUUCCAUGUUGUGCAGCUGCUCAAUCUGAUCUCCACCGGGCCACCCUCAAACUCUGCCUUCUACCUCAACCAGGCAGCAAUAUGCCUGGGAUAUGCACACAGCUGUGUCAGCCCCCUGCUUGUGAUCUGCUGUACCGAGGGCUUCCGGGAGCGGCUGCCGCAUGCACGGUGCUGCCAAUUUCUCUUCCGACGCUGGGCUGGGUUCUGGCCUGUAUCUGCCUAUCCACCACAGGGUCCCAACUCUGCAAUCAACAGCCCUCCUGGGAGUGGGAUUUGUGCCCCCCAGCACCGGCGAAGGACUAUCAGCUUGGAGACACCUCCUUUCUCUGUUACUGAAAACACCAGACUGAGCCCUGGCAUAAGGGAUGAGAGCAGUGUCCUGUAAGCCCCUCUUGGUGAAACUGAAAAGUAUCAUUUCUAAAAUAUUUUACUAGUUGUGUUGGGCUGCUUUUGCUAUCUGCAUCUGCAACUGCUAUAGAAUAAGCAGGAGUGAGGCUAUGCCAGAAAGAGAUAUGGAGUGACUCGGCUGGUCUCAGAGUUUCAGGUUUCCCUCACUUUGAGUGGCUCUUUAUGAUACAGGUUCAACAUCUUCCAUUUGGUAUAAUUACUCUAUGACAGUUGGUGAUUGUACUGAUUUAUCAUUAUGAAAGGUUGCCUUUCGGUCUGAAUAUAUCCUAUUUAUUAUCAAUAAGCCGUAUGCAAAAAUAAAAAAGUAAAGAAAAGGAAGAAAAAUAAUAAUAUCUAUAGUAUUUUAAUGGUGAUGAAAACAUUUUGGAUAAGAUGUCAAUAUCCUUAUUAUUCCAAUGCUUCAGAGAUGUCUCUUAUUGUCCUGUUCUGUUAUAUUUUGCCGGCUAUGUUAUAUCACACACUUGGAGAGACAUAAUGAUCUGUAUGUUGGAUGGCAGCCAUGUGGUUAUAAGCUAUACUCAAAAUAAAAAGAUUGUUUUAGCUGUG